AUGAAGCCAGUUUUGAAAGAAUUUAUGUCAGAAACUACCUGCCAUGGUUGGAAGUAUGUUGGUGACAAUAAAUCAUCAAUUUACAUUAGAAUGAUAUGGCUAGCUGUUGUACUUGCACUUCUAGGGGGUUUAUCAUAUACUUUGAUCAAAACUUACGUAUCAUACAAAGAGCACAGAUUUUUAACUGUAACCCGAACAGAGCGGAGGGAGGAGAUACCGUUUCCAGGAAUAACUUUAUGUAACAGAGGGAUGUAUUCUAAUUCAUCUGGCUUUAUUACGGAAGAAAUAGCUGAAUAUAUCAUGAAGUCCGCUCAGAAUGGAUACGAUUGGUCCACACCUGAUUCUAAAAAAAUUGCAAACGUGUCGAUUGCACAAUUUCUAGAAGCAACAGCCUUCGAUUGGCAAAAAAUGAUAAACUAUUUAAUGAUUGGUUACAAUCCCAUACAAACUUCAACCUUGGAAACAAUUGAUACUGAAGAAGGCAGAUGUUUAAUUAUAAACGGACCACAAUAUGUCUCAACAAACGGUCGAUUGAAGUUACAGCAAAUGGGUAGUGACAGGGGACUGACUUUAAGUUUGGUAACAUUCCAAGAUAAUUAUGUUCCAACAGUUGCAAUGGAUGCCGGAUUUGAGUUGUUCCUACACGAACCUUAUGAAACAAUAAAAAUAAGAUCUGGUGGAAUAUUACUUUCUCCAGGAACUAAUAAUCUUAUUUCUUUACGGCCUGUAGAAUACAAAUUAUUACCAUACCCUUACAAGUCUCACGGUAAAGAUCACUGCCUAGAAGAGAAUAAUGAGAGAUUUGAACAUAUCAAGAAGUUAUACGGUUAUAAAGAAUAUAGCAGAGAUUCUUGUCUGAGAGACUGUACGGCCAACGCAACUGUUCAUGAAUGUGGCUGUAAGACGUUACUAGAGACAGUUAAAAAUGUGGUAAGAGCUGAAAAGAAGGAAUUGUGUGAUUGCCCGUGGCCAUGUCGCCAAAUUACAUAUGAAACAAAGUUAUCGAAUACCUUGUUUCCUUCUGUAACCGGAGUUAACUAUAUCAAUAAGUUAUACAAUACAUCUCUGACUGUUGAAAGUGCACGGAAUAACUUGUUGCAAGUCAAGAUAUUUUUUAAAGAUAUGUUUUAUACUGAAAUAAAACAUGUACCCGAAUUUGAUUUUGACUCUAUAUUUGGUCGAGUUGGAGGACAAAUGGGUUUAUUUCUUGGUGCAAGUUUGGUAUCGGCAUUUGAAUUAUUGGUAUAUAUGGUAAAAUUUAUCUGGAAUGGGGUUGAAGGACACCGAGCGAACACCAAGAAAACCAAUAUUCAACCUCUUAGUGAAAAGUCGAUUCCAGGAUGA